AUGUCGACCCAGAUCACUCUUACCAGCAGCGAUGGUGUCGAUGUCUCUGUUGACCGCGCCGUCGCUGAGCGAUCCGUUCUGAUUAAGAACAUGCUGGAGGACCUUGGUGAUUCCGGCGAGGCGAUACCCAUUCCCAACGUCAGUAACCGCCCGUUCCCGUGUCUUGGAUGCGUUUAUUAUGUUCGCACAAGCUCACCACCAUCGAAAAGCAACGGCGAUGACGACGACAACCGCCGCAAGACUACCGAUAUUGACGAGUGGGACCAGAAGUUUAUGCAGGUCGACCAGGAGAUGCUGUUCGAGAUUAUCCUGGCUGCCAACUAUCUGGAUAUUAAGGCCCUGCUUGACGUCGGCUGCAAGACUGUCGCCAACAUGAUCAAGGGCAAGUCCCCGGAGGAGAUCCGUAAGACCUUCAACAUCCAGAACGACUUUACCCCCGAGGAAGAAGAUCAGAUCCGUCGCGAAAACGAGUGGGCCGAGGAGUAA